AUGGUCCUCGACGCGGAGGGGGGGGUGUGCGUGCGGUGCCGGAGCGCGGCGGGGGCCGUGCAGGUGCGCGAGGCGGUCUACUGCGAGAAAUGCUAUACACGCGUCUUUAACGAAAAGGUCCGCGCGAGUCUCGAGCUGGCGCGCGGCGCGAUCCUGCUCCAGAGCGUCGUCGAGCCGUGGGCGAACGAGGAAGACGGGCCGCCGCCGGCGCUCGCCGUCGCGUUCAGCGGCGGCACAGCGUCCUGCGUGCUGCUCCACGCGGUCGCGAGCGCGCUGCAGAGCAACAACCAGCCGUACGUCCCGGCCCGCGCCCCGGAAUUCGCCCGGAUCGACGUGCUGUUUGUCGAAGGGGAGAUGGCCGCAGCCGACGCCCAGGCGCUCGCUGCGCGCAUCGCGCCGAAUGCGACCUUUGUGCCGCUGUCGCUGGACAGCGUGUAUGACCAGGGGAGCGUCGACUGCACGCUCGAGCCGCACGGCGCACGCAUCCUCGCCGACGCGCCGCACGCGCGCUCCGCACACGACCUCGCUGCGCUGCUCCACGCGCUGUACCCCGACACGACGCCGCGCACGGGCGUCGCGGCGGCACGCACGCGCGCCGACGACCUGCGCGCGCUUUUCCUGCACCGCGUCCUGCGCACCGCCGCGGCGGAGCGCAAGUGCGCGGCGCUGCUCUACGGCCACAACGCGCCGCGCACCGCCGCGCUCCUCCUCGAGAACCUCGCCAAGGGCGCGGGGCACAAGCUCCCGAUCGAGAGCGCGCCGUCGCAGUGGUGGGCGGGCGAACGCGAUCUCUUGAUCGUGCACCCGCUGCGCACGCACCUCGCCGAGGAGCUCGCUUUUUACGCCAGGGUCCACGGCUUUGGCGACGACGCGCCGCCGCGCGACCUCGCGUACGAGGCGAACGCGGACAAGAGCAGCAUCGGUGGCCUGACGCAGUCGCUCGUCGACUCGCUCCAGCACGGCGUGUCGAGCACCGUGAGCACGAUCCAAGGCACCGGCGCCAAGCUCGUCUACCGCCCCGACACGCUGUGGCCGACCGAGGCUGCGGCCGACGCGCCGCAGCCCGAUACCCCCUAUCCCCGCAUCGGCGCCAAGGGCGAGGGGCUCGUGCGCCUCGCGCGCGACGCGAACCGCUACGAUCCGUACGCCGAGCCGCACAUUUGCCCGCUGUGUACCUAUCCCGCGCAGCGCGGCGCGGCGCAGUGGCGCGCGGAGCGCUCGGUCACGUCGCGCGACGCGGCGCCGCCGCCGGCGGCGGACGCACUCGACCUGCGCACGCGCCUGUGCUACAGCUGCCUGCAGAUCCUCGACGUGCCCGAGUCGCCCGCACGCUCUGCGUGCACCGUGGCGCUGCCCGCGUACGUCCUUGCCGCGACGCGCCCGCACGCGCGCCACACGCGGCCUGCGCGCACGGCCGACACGUCGCCGAUGCCGGCGCCGGAGCCCGAGCCUCACGCCCCGGGCGGGCGCCCUACGCACGCCCCACAGCCCGUGUCGCGCGCCGCGAUGGCCGCGUCGCUGGCGCCGUACCUCUUGUAG